UUCUCUCCGUGUGUGUAUGAGUGUGUGUGUGUGUGUGUGUGUGUCAGAGGCAUCCAUACCAAAAUCCCCGCACUCAUUCAGCUCAUGUUCCCGCACCUUUUCGCCGGAUCUAGUUACAUAACUGCCUUAUUUAAGAAGAAGAAGAAGAAACCUUUUUGACGUCCGCGCGACGUUUUUAACGGGUGUCGUAGCUUCAUCCGUCCACCUGGAAGAGCUCCUCUCUGGGCUUCCUCUCCCCGUCAGAAACCCUCGUGCCAUGCGGGAGGUGUAACCCUCCACCCUUUUCUUCUUUGUGUGCCACGGAAACCCUAAGCCAAGCCAAGAUGUCGGGCACCGACCCGUCAUUGCCGACAGACCCCCAGCUGCCUUUGACGUCCCCCCGCACUCCCCUGCAGCUUUCUUUUCCUUUCCUGAGGGAAGGCAGCCGUGUUUGGGAGAGGGAGAGGAAACCACCUCAGCCUGGAGAGCUACCCAGCCCACUGCCAACAAAACGCACACGCACAUACUCAGCGACAGUACGAGCCAGAUCAGGUCCUGUAUUUAAGGGCGUGUGUAAAAACUUUUCCAGAUCUCAGGGUCAUGGAUUCAUCCGUCCUACGCAUGGAGGAGAGGACAUCUUCGUUCACAUUUCUGACAUUGACGGGGAGUACGUGCCUAUGGAAGGAGACGAGGUCACAUACAAGGUGUGUCCGAUCCCGCCCAAGAACCAGAAAGUCCAGGCUGUGGAAGUGGUCAUCACCCACCUGAACCCGGGCACCAAGCACGAGACCUGGUCGGGUCAGAUCAUCAGCUCCUAGACAAGCGCUUCGGGCGUCACGGCGAGAACGUAACGGAGGAUUAGGGUUUUUUUAAUUUUAGGCUUUAUGUUUUUGUGGUGUGGCAGAUAGGGCAAUCUGAGCUUUCUGAGAGGUACAAGCAGGGCCACAGAUGUUUUGGUACGGAGGGCGAAGUGCGCCGUUAGGCUUGAAGUUAAGCAUUGAAUGUAUCUGAAUGUUUUUCUAGUGAAGGUUUAUGGGGUCGUCUGUAGGAUUUACGUAUUUUACGUCAAAGCCUCGAGUUCGGAAAGUAACACCACAAACGUUACUCAUUUCACCUCGAUAGGACGUGUGUUAGUUGGUUUUGAGGAUGUGAUGUCUCGGUUUAUUUGGGACGUGUGAAAGAGGCCAAAACGAGCUCAGAUCAAACGGGAAACGGUUUUGGCUCAUUGACUGCCAGUGGGAACCAUGUGACUUACAAAUUCAAGGGACCAGCUUGCUAGAGCUAUUUUCUUUUACUUUCAUGCUGGAAACUGGCGCACACUGUGCUGCCAAAUCUAAAAAAAAUAAAUUAAACACACACAAUAUAUUUACCCUUCUGUUUUUUCUGUUUACAGACUGCAUGUUGUAGGGAGAAAAAACUAGUUGUUUUCACGGAUGCUCUUUUUUUUUCUUCUAACAUUACAAGAACAUAUUCAUAAGUCAAAACCUUUGCAAGGUUGUUCUUUAUGCCGGUAAACCACCAACCGAGUGCACUCACACAAGCAGUUUGGUUUCACAGACAUCCUGUUUGUUCUAAAGACGUUUUGGCCUCAGCAGCUGGGUCGAGCUUGACAGUUUAGGAAAAGUUCUUUCAGUAUUGUAGCACUUUCUGUUAGUAGAUAAGGGCGGAGGUCCAGUUUCAUUGUAGCCAGGUCCUAUGACGGUCACAUGUUUUCUGUGGUAGAGAUGGUAUAAUGUUGUUAGCCUGCCACUGGAAAACAAGGCCAGAGGGUUUAGGUUUGAGGGAGGAACAUGGCGACGGUAACAGGUCCUGGGUAAGGGUAGGAGAUGAAGUGAAGGAUCGAGCAGUGAUGCAGCUAUUUAGGGAAUGUAAGGAAGAAAUACAAAGUUUCAAGUCAGCACAUUGCAAACCAUUGCUCACAACCUGAAAGUGAACUGAAAAGAAAUAGUUUGAGAUUUUGAAGAAACAUACGGUUUUGUUGGAGGAAGUUACCUUAGCUGCUAGGUCGCUUUGUAGCAGCUAUAGGGGUGUCAAACUCCAGUCCUCAAGGGCCGCUGUCCUGCAGUUUAUAGAAGUGCCACAGGUACAAAACACUGGAAUGAAAUGGCUUCAUUACCUCCUCCUUGUGUAGAUCAGUUCUGCAGAGCCUUAAUGACCUAAUUAUUCUAUUCAGGUGGUGCAGCAGAGGCACAUCUAAAAGUUGCAGGGCAGUGGCCCUCCAGGCCUGGAGUUAGACACCUGUGGAGCUGCCUAUGGCUAGUUUAAGCUAACUAUGUCUAGUUUAAGCUAACUAUGUCUAGUUUAAGCUAACUAUGUCUAGUUUAAGCUGCCCAUGGCUAGUUAGCUUAGUUUAACAUAACAUUUAAAACUCUAAAAAUAUUAUUUUGAAUUAAUAAUACCAGAAACUUAGCUUAAUGUCUCAUCUUUAAUCAAUAAAAUAAUACAUUAAGCUAAGCUAGCUAGCUGGAAAUAAAAGUCAAUAUAAAGUUCAAAUGGAAAAUAUUGGCCUUUUCUGAACAUUAGGCACAUUCAAUAAAAACAAACAAAAUGUCAUCAUAAAGCAGAAAAAUGUCUUAUUGUCAUUUUUUUCAACUUGGUAGAAGAAAACAGCUAAGCUGAGUUUAGCAGCAGAAGUCAGAGUAUUUUACGCACAACAGCAAACCGUUGCGUAUUGUGAACAUCAGACACAUUAACACAUAGAACUCAGUAUCAUUUUGAACCAGAAACUGACCAUAGCAUUGAAUCUUUUAUUGUUAGAAGAUAAUGCUAAGCUAAGCUAACUGCAGCCAGCCAUUUACACAUGUUCUACAGCAAAUAGGAAAAGAAGUCUUUUUUGAUCAUCUACCACAUAUAAACAUAGUAUUUUUAGAUAUCAUUUGGAAUCUCAAACUGAGCAUAGUGUUUGAUAUUUAAUUGACAAAGCAAACAGCGUAGUGUUGCUAAGUUAAUUAGCUGCUUUAUGUAGCGUAUAUAAAAUGUAAAAGCAGCUAUUUUUGUUUAGUUCUUGCCAAGUCAGCAAAUAAGCAUAUUUCACAAAUUGCUGAACUAGUUCUGACACAUUGUUGCUGAAAGAAAACAGCUGUUCUGGUUUUAAUAAAAAAAUUUUUUUAAAUCUUGAUUUCCUGACAUUGUUACAGCAUUACGUACAUCUUACGUUUUCUAAUUGUUACAAUAAAAAAUAGACACAUUUUUAAUUUGUACCUUAAAAUAAUAAACACCAGAUUUUUUUCUUGUCUGUUUUUUUUUUUUUUUGGAAGUUUCUUAUGUCAUAUAAAGACUGUGAAACAGACAAUAAAAACACAGGUAAAGCUUCCAGAUGUAAGGAAAAAAAAUAUUUAUUUAUGUACUUAUUUAUUUUCAUUUGUAACUAUGAAAAAAAAAUUGGUUUAGCAAUUAAACACUGUAUUUCUAUGUCUUUGUGUAAUUUUAAGCUGUUUAAACGCUGCACAUCUCACUCUGAUGAUCCUUCCCUGCUAAAAUCUCCUUCCUACUGUCAUGUUAUCUUAAAAAAAAGAGAAAAAAACUCAACACAAUUUUCUAAUUUCUACUUUAUCUUUGCCUAACUUUUAAUAACUGAAUGAUGUCCAAGAUGGUGACUUUCGCCAAGUUCUUUACGAGUUGUAUGUUUAGUUGAGAAUGUUCUAAUUCAGUUUCAUCAUGCAGUAACCCAGGCGACGCCUGUAGAGGGAGCUGUUGUCUCAUCUCUCAUCCUUCCUGGAGUUCUCACUUUUAGAGUGAUCUAGUAUUACAGUUGCACUCUUUAUCUGUUGGAUGUCUGUACUGUGGAGAGAAACAAGUCUGAUUGUGUUUUUGGAGCACUUUUAUUUGUUUUAAUUUUUUUUUUGUCAGAUCACUGUGAUAUUUGUCGUUUCUUGUUUAAACGUUAAAUAAAGCUUACAGCUGCAUACACA